AUGGCAACUCGUGACGCGGCGAAAGCAGCCGUCCAAAGAAUCUCCGACAAGUUCGGUCAUCUGGAUGAAGAAGAGCUAGAGAGGCUGGGAAGAUUUGAUCCUGCCUUGAAACGAAAGGUUGAGAGAAGUCUUCUAGCCAAGGACGAGCUGGCGGGCCAUGCGAUCAUAACUCUUGCUCAGAACAUCUAUGGGAGCAACGCUAGGUUCGUCUUUGAACUUCUACAGAACGCGGACGACAACAAAUUCACCAACGCACAUACACGCGGGGCGCUGCCGUAUGUCUCCUUCCAUGUGCAUCCUGACCGCAUCAUUUUGGAGUGCAACGAGGAUGGUUUCACAGAGCAAGAUCUCCAGGCUAUCUGCACCGUCGGCAAGAGUUCAAAGUCUGCUUCUCACGGUUAUAUCGGAGCCAAAGGCAUUGGCUUUAAAUCUGUCUUUAUUGCAGCAUGGAAGGUUCACGUACAGUCUGGCCAUUAUUCUUUUUACUUCAAGCACAGGAAAGGUGAAUCAGGACUAGGGAUGGCUGUGCCUAUCUGGCAGGACACCGAAUCGAAACCACCAACCUCCAUGACCAGAAUGACACUGUAUCUUCAUGAUACCGAGGGCGAAGAUCAUCCUCAAAAUCGCCGCGACACGAUUUUCAACCAACUCUCAGAUCUGCAGGAGACAUCUCUCCUCUUUUUUCGCAACUUGAAGAAGAUCGAAUUGAGCUUCUAUGAUGAGGGGAAAACUUUGAAAAGCACCCGGAAGUUGCAAAUUACCAUCACCAACUCGCACAGGGCUGUUCUAGAGACCAUCGAGUGUCAAAAAACCGGCAGCGAAGUAAGAUCAUCGAAACACUACCAUGUCACUCGACACACGGCAACCGGUUUAUCUCAAAGUGUAUCUCGCCAGGUUCCACAAACUGAGGAAGCCAGGCUUGCAGCCUCCAGGGCCGAAGUCGUUCUAGCAUUCCCUCUGACCGAACAUUCAGAGCCGAUCCUGGAAUAUCAAGAGCUUUUCGCGUUUCUUCCUGUCCGGGAGUCUCAUUUUAAGUUCAUUAUACAAUCCGAUUUCGAUACUAGCGCUAGUCGCCAGGAGGUUACAACGACUUCCGCCAGGAACAGGGACUUGCUCAACGGGAUUGCGGAUGCGUUCAUCCAAGCUGUACUGGAGUUCUGCGAUCAUACGGAUCUGUGCUACACAUGGCCACAAUAUCUACCUCUGAAACGGGAUGGACUCGAUGCAUUUUGGUCCGUAUUGCGAUCCAAGAUCUGCAGACGUAUUUCAGAGCAUCGACUGCUGAUGCCACGACAUGGAACUCAGCUCCGCCGUCUUGAUACCAUUGUGAGGAUGGAUCAGAGCUUCAUGGAUGACUUAGGAAAUCCACUUCUGGACGAUCCUACGACAAGUCAUUUCGUAUCGAAGAGAUAUGUCAAGGAAGCUGUGUCCCCCUACUUGAGCGACUACGGGCUACAAGUCAUGAAUGAUGACCUUAUCCUCAGACUACUGCGAAUAGAUCUGGAGGACCCAGAUUCAAAAAUGAAGUCGCGUACUACAAGCCAGCUGUGGCACACAAUCAUGGCCCGGACUCUGACACCCAUGGUAACCAAGACCCAAGUCCGUGCACUCAGCUGCUUGCCGCUGAGAGGCGGAGUCUGGGUAUCACCAGACAGCGGUUCUGUCUAUCUGCCUACAGUUUCAGGCUUGCAGAUACCACAGGGGAUCAACUUGCGGAUACUAGAUUCCUCAGCCGUGUCCAACAGCGAUCGUAGAGCGCUGUACGAAGCAUUCGGCGCUGCUGAGCCGCCCAUCGCUGUAGUGCGAAAAUCUGUUAGCAAAGCCCUCCAGCCUCUCUUGUCCUCCAUCAAUUUGGACGAGUCUCGUGGCCAGCUGCAUUUCCUUUACAUGUCGCAGCUUCGUGAGCCCAGGCCGACGCGGUCUGAUCAUAAAGGGUUUCGAUUGCUCACUGAGGAUGACAUGAAGGCCACACCAACGGAUGAAGACGUCUAUCUGCGCAACAACGAUCCAUACGGAGCUCAAAAACUUUUGGAUCCUGGAUUUGGCGCAGCGGGGAUGAAACAUCUGUGGGCUGAUGAGGGCAACCAUGUUCGGAACAGCACAGUGCUCAGCACCACGAUACAAGACAUGAGUGCAGUGAGUCUGUGCAAAUCUCGACUCACUAAAUCUUGCACUCUGAGGCAAACAUAUGUGCCCCUUCCCACUCUUACGAAACUUCGCGAGCGCUUCAUGGAAGAAGAUGAAGCAUUUCCCUUUUUGCAGCUCGGCGCAACGACACCCUCGGAACGACUUCUCACACACUGGACAUUUCUCAACGAAGCUUUUCUUGUCGGCAUUGAUGACAAUAUACCGUUCCUUCUGGAUAUACUGUUAUGGAUCGAGCACGCGAACCCAGAUCCUUCGACCAUCAGUCGGCCGGAGCGGAUCACCGAUUUAUACCUCACGAUAUAUGCCAAAUUUAUGGCAUCAGAAGACCAAGACUCGGAGAGGCACAUGAUCGUGGAGUUCUUGGAAGAACAGACGUGUCUGUUCGUACCAACGUCUGCCCACGAUGCAGCAGCCUGGACGGCCCCACAAUAUUGUCUCUGGGACGCGCCACCGUCUAUGAUUCGGAAAUACUCGUUGAAGCACACAAUGGAGCAAUUUCUGGGGCCUGGUCAACUCUCUGGCGUCUCUCAGUUUUUCCAGCAUGUUCUAAAAGUCCCGGACGCAUCUUGGGAGGAGAUCAUCGGUGAGCUUGAGUCCAUGAGAGAUAAGGAAAUAGACGACUUUGACCAAGUCUCAAUACUGUACCGACGUCUUGCUAACGAGGCUAGUGAUGACCGCAAGCGGCAUGGCGAUGAGAUAGGAGAAUGGUACACGACCAGCGAGUGCCUCUGGUCUAGCACCACUGACAUCAGAGGUAAAGUCACCCUCAACGACCAGUAUGAGGAUCUAAAGGACUUCUUCCUCGACAUUGUCGGCGUCAAGCUGCUGACGUUGCAGAUGGUUUACGACGAACUGCUGCAGACCGAUUCGACGACGACCGUUGCUGAGGUAAAAAGUGCGGUCUGGUCGCUCAAUGCGCUGCUGCAAGCUGAAAGGAAUAGUCCUCUCGACGUCCACGCCCUCGUCAAGAAGAAGAUCUUUCCCAUAUCUUCACCAGAUGGAACCACGUCCCUGGUCAGCAUUGACGAAGCUUUCAGCAUUGGCGAUCGGGAACAUUUGACAACGCAUUUCAAGCAUCGCAUCAAGAUGCUGGACUACGACCUGUUCGAAAUACGACAGCUUGCAACGUUUUUGGAGUGGGCGGGUAUCACAAGUCGAUGUUUGUCCAGAUCUGUCAAGGAGAUGACUUCUGCAAAUGAUGACAAGGCCCAAGCAAUGUCCGUAAUGGCGCUGGACUUGCGAUAUAAGGCGCACGCCAUUCUUCGGGUAGCAGCCAGCUUCAACAGUCCACGGUACAAUUCGGACGGACCUGCUCUCUACAAGAAUCUACAGGGUAUAAAGACAAUGGUCACGGACGACAUCUCAUCAGUCUUGACCCUCUCGCAAGAUGGCAUUCUAACCACCGUGGAGAAGCAGGGCAAUAUGCACAUUGGUGAGACUGAUGACGGGGUCACGAUCUACGUUCCUCGCAACAAGCGUAAGCAGAAAUUCUGCUUCAGCUCCCCAUUGCCAACGAACCUAGCCGCCUGGUUGAUGCGAAACCCUGUGACUCUCAUUGAGGAGGACGUCGACGGGGAAAUGGUGACCGUUUUGUCGUCUCUGAUAAGUGAUGGCCCAGCCGUUGUGGACCUCAUUCUGGAUGACAAAGGCAUCGCUCAGGUGCCGAUUGAGAAUGAGGAUCCCCGACAUGAAGAGCAGGACGAAGAUGACAUUGAUCCUGAUGACUUCGUCGAACACGACCUUGUCAACGUACUUGUCGCGACAAGUCUCACGCCCGUGUCUGACCAUCGGCUUUCAGCCACUGACGAUGGAGUCGUCGAAGUUGUUUCCAGGCAGGCAGGGGCCACAUCUCGAAGAUCUGGCGGCUAUACACCCGUCUUUACUGUUCCACACGAAGACCACGCCAUUCGCGAAGAUGACCACUACCGGGAACUCUUGGAACGAGUAGUACGCGCAGCGAGCCGUGCUCGCUUUCCCUCAAAAUAUAUGUCUGCUCGUGGCGCACUCGGUAGCGGAGGUAGCACUGCUAUGGGCUACAACGGCUUUGAAUCUGAGCUACGAUACCGUUCGAGCAGUCAGUUUGAGCGGAACUUCCGAGUUGGCGCGGCAGGAGAACUCUACGUGUUCGAGUUGCUAAGAAGACUCGCCGAUCCCACUCUGCGGGGCUGGAGCCGUGAUAACUGGCAGAGUAGCAUUCGAAACCGAGUCUCGAUCCUUGAGGACUACACUGGUAUGCGAGGCUGGGCGGCCCCAGAGACAUCCGACCUAGUGUACGACGACACAUUUGGCGACUUCACUUCGCUUCUGAUCGACCACGGUUAUCUCAACCAAAGCGAAUGGCGAAAUGCUCGGCCUUACUACUAUCUCGAAGUCAAGACUACGACUGGUCCGUGCGGUAACCCUUUCUACAUGAGCAAGGGACAGUAUCAGAGGAUGAUGAAAAUCCACCACGAACAAGAGCGAAGGGAGGUCUACAUAGUCUUUCGCGUCUUUGAGAUCGAAAGCGAAGAGCGCAUGGCUAUGAAGGUGUAUGUUGACCCGGCUCAAAUGGACCUUGACGACCAGUUGGUCUUCACUGGUGAAAACUGGUCCGUCACUCCAGGAGCAGCCUCCUGA